AAGUCUCAAGCGGAAAGGAAGCACUAUCAUUGCUGAGUUGUUGAACAUAUGAAAGAGGAGAAAUGUCUUAUCGUUUCGGAGCAGUGGUUAUCAAUAUAUAAAUCAUAUUAAUUGACGUUGUUGGUGUGCGUUGUUUUCAGUGGUUAAUCGGUGAUUUUGUGUCACUUCUGUGAAAGUGCAGGAUUCAGCUUGACUAGCUGUGUAUCAUCGCGUUAGAAUUAGAAAGCAGCCAUCUUACUUACCCAAUCAAAGGUCUUUGGCUAGCGGUUUCAUUGUCUGGUUUCAAACCAGAAAUAUAUAAUACACAGCCCGUCAAAUGGCGUUAAAACGAAUUAAUAAGGAACUGCAAGACCUGGGUAGAGAUCCUCCAGCACAAUGCUCAGCAGGACCUGUGGGCGAUGAUUUGUUCCACUGGCAGGCCACAAUAAUGGGACCACCAGACAGCCCGUACCAGGGAGGUGUAUUCUUCCUAACAAUUCAUUUUCCUACAGAUUAUCCAUUUAAACCUCCGAAGGUUGCAUUUACGACAAGAAUAUAUCACCCUAAUAUAAAUAGCAAUGGCAGUAUCUGUUUGGACAUUUUGAGAUCGCAGUGGUCCCCAGCGCUUACUAUAUCAAAAGUUUUACUGUCCAUAUGCUCUCUUUUGUGUGAUCCUAAUCCAGAUGAUCCACUAGUGCCAGAGAUAGCUAGGAUAUACAAAACAGAUAGGGAAAAAUAUAAUGAACUGGCAAGAGAGUGGACGCGGAAAUAUGCUAUGUGAUGCUCUCAACACCAGCAGCGGCCCGGCUCACCAAAAUCAGCUGUCGGUUAAUUUCCAAAAAACAAUAGAACAUGAAACAACAAAAGAUUUCAAGCAACUUAAGGGACUUCCUGACACUGGUGUUUUGAUUCUGACCGUUGCUAGCAUUUCAGCAGAAAGCUCCACAGCUUUUACUUUUUGAGAAAUAAGAAAGGGAAAUGCAAUUGGUCCUACUGAAUAAUUUUCACUUAAACUUCUGUGGUUUUAAUGAAGAAGAAUGCCUGAUUUAUUUUGUGGUGUUAGACUUAGCUAUGAUUUACUUCUUUUUAAAAUGUGAUAUGUUGUUGAAAUAUUUCGAGAGACUUGAUCAGUCAAGGCAGGAAAGGCUUGGGAAUUGUAUGUUGGAACUUACUUUAUGCCCGGUCACAGGAAGUUCCUCUGUCCUUCUGUCACCUUUUGGUAUGCCCUUAUUGUGUAUGCAAGUCAGAUAUAGUUAGUAAAAAUAUUUUGCUGCCAUUAUCUUGUAUCCAGUUUACUUGAUCAUUGCUGUCUCAUGGUUCCAUCUUAAUUUACUUAUCAUAGCAUUGCCCUCCCAUUCUAAUCCUAACUUAAGGUGGGAGCUACUAGUGCUGUGAUCUUCAAAGAACAAGAAAAAUAACAAUGUGUGGUGCAGAAUGCGAAGAAGGCACCAGGUUUUGAUUACUUUUAACAUCAAAUGUGGAGCCCAUAUUAAUUUUUCUCAUUGUACAUUUUCUCCAUACUCCAUCUAAAGUGGACAUGUAUGAAACUUAUGAUCUUGUUAAUAAACAUUGAACAUUAAUUAGUUAAAUUAUUUAUCAGGGAUAGAUUUUGAGAACAUUACUAUUUAUUACACUUUAAAACCUUUUUUUCUGAUAUGUUUUGAUGAUGCAUCCUGCUUAGUAUUGGUUUUUAGUCACUUAUUUUUCCUUGCUCCAUAGUAUUCUUUUAAAAUAACUUUCAGAUACAUGUGAGCUCUGCAGUGGAUGCUACUAGAUAGUGCACCACUUUUAAUAAAUAAGUUUUGUUUAUAUUGAUGUUCUGAUGUAAAUUGUGAUUUCGAAAUGAAACUGUAAUUAAUUCGGCAAGUUUUGUAUGUAUAUAUCAGUAAAGAUUGUUCAUUUGUAAA